GAGACAGUCCCGCAAAGCCGCUCCCCCGUCUCCAUAGCGACGACACCCCGGAAAUACAACACAUCCUGUCACCGGCCACCAGCUCGCUGCUGUCCUCUUAUCUUCUGUUUAUCAAAGUGGAACUAAAGCGAGUUUGUUUGUUUGUUUGUUUGUUUGUUUGUUUAUUCUUCGGUUGAGCCGGUAAACAUGUCGGAGCCUGAGGAGGAGCUCCAGGAGGAGCAGAGAGACAGCACGAAGAAGAAGAAGAAAGAGAAACGGAGCGCGAAGAAGAAAAAGAAGAAGAAGGAGGAGGAGGAGAAGCGGGAGGAAGAGCAGGUGGAGGAAGAAGUGGAAGCGGAAGAUGACAAAAGUGAGUGUGUCGUGCUGCGUGGGAUCUUCGAACUGGGGAAGAAGAGUCACGACGUCCUGCUCACCCGAACCAGGCUGACGUGGAUCCCCAUCACCCCGGAGAACCCCACAGCGGAGGCGUGCGUCGUGCCGCAGCCGGGCGUUCUGCCGCUGCGUGACGUGUUCGCCGUGAAGGUGAAGCGGCGGCGAGCGGCGGGCCGGUCGUCGGGGGGAUCCGUGCUCGGCGUGGCCCUGUUCUGCUGCCGGAGGAGGGGCAAGAGGCUGGAGGAGGAGACGGUGCACCUCCACAACGCCUCUGCAGAACACACACAGACCUGGUACAACACCCUGAAAGAGCUGCUGCCAGAGUCUAGCAUCCGCCCCAGGUAUCUGAAGGUGUUCAUCAACCCCAGCAGCCACAAGAAGGAGGCCGUCCACAUCUACAGGGACCACGUGGCGCCGCUCUUCAAGAUGGCCGACGUCCGCACCGACAUCACCGUGACAGAACGGAAAGGUCAUGCUCUCUCAGUGAUGAAGGAAUGCAAGCUGGAUGAAUAUGACGGGGUGGUGUGUGUCGGUGGGGACGGGUCGGUGGCGGAGCUGUGCCACGCUCUGGUCCUCAGAGCUCAGCUGGACGCCGAUUCUCCAGAGAGACCAGUGAAACCAGCGCUGCCACUCGGAAUCAUUCCUGCUGGUUCUACGGACGUGGUUUCCUGUUCCGUUCAUGGAGUCAGAGACCCGGUCACGGCGGCCCUGCACAUCGUCCUGGGCCACCUGCAGCAGGUGGACAUGUGCAGCUUCUCGUCUCUCGGCCAGUUGGUGUGUUUCGGUUUCUCCGCCAUGUUCGGCUUCGGGGGGCGGAGCUUAGCGCGGGCCGAGAAGAAGAGGUGGAUGCCGUCAUCGCGGCGCCGAGAGUACGCUCUCGCGAAGACGCUGGCGAGGCUGAGACCAGAGGACUGUCAGCUGUCCUUUCUGCCAGCAAAGAAGUCAAGCGGAGACCGUGAUGAGGACCCAGAGUCAGAAGGGGAGGAGUCUUGGACGAGUCGUCAGGGCCCGUAUCUCAGCAUCGGCAUCAUGUCCAUUCCCUGCCUCAGUCCACACGCACCUCGGGGACUGGCCCCCAACACCAGUUUGGCCAAUGGCAGCGCGGCGUUGAUCGCAGUCGGAAACACUUCCAGGUCCGAGUUCAUCAAACACCUGAAGAGAUACAGCGGCUCUAGCGGACAGUUCAGCUUCUCAUUCGUGGAGACUCAGGCUGUGUCAGCGGUGAGGAUUUGCCCCCGCGCUCUGAUUGGCUGGUCAGAGGAGGAGAGUGAGGAAGAAGGCGAGUCCAAUACCUCAGCCAUCAUCCAAUCAGAGGGAGCCUCCUUCCCCUGGAACAUCGACGGGGAGCUGGUGGAGAUCGCUAACGAAGUACUCAUCAAGGUCCACCCGCAGCUCAUCACUCUGUACGGGGAGGAGGUGGACGAGGCCGAGUCGACCGCCUCCUGCAGCUGCUUCUGACUCGGCGGACGCUCGGGAGCAAGACUCAUCGCCGUAGUAACCACGUCGACUUAACAGCCCCCUCUCUAGGUCAUUACUGUUUCCAUGACGAUGUGAACGUACGCAAAAGUUCGAUUCGAAGCGGCGACUGAGCUUUUGCAGCUUUCUAUUCGCAUCAUGUAUUUUAAAGGUGCAUUUAUUUUUACUAUAAUAACUGAAGCUUAAAUAACCAAGGAGGUAACUUCACCUUUAACUCGACCUGUGCUUUACAGGGUUAACACUUCUAGACUGAUGAUUCAUGUUUUUUUGUAAGAGUUCAUGUUUACAUUUUGCUAUAUGUUAAUCACAAGCUCAUCUCUUAAUAUUAUUUGUAAAUCUUUUUUUUAAUUACAUUUUUCAAUUCGUUUUUUUUCAUGAUUUCUAAUUCUGCCGAGAGAGAAAAUAAUCCUCUGUAAUUAAAUCUAUAAAUAUGUGAGAUUUAAAAAAAAUAGAUUUAUUUUCCUUUAGCUGAGUCUUGACUGUAUUGAUUAUUGUUUAAAUAAUUUUUGUUUUGUUUGUUGGUGAGAGUCUAACAACUUUCUGGACCGAUGAACAGAACCAGAACCAGACCGGAUGUCUGUUUUUUUUUAAGUGAGAUAAUGUCGUUUUUCAGGCUGCAUUCAUGAUGACGAAAAAACAAAACGAGAACUUGUUGUUGUUUAAAUAGAAAACCCUUCAUUUUAAUAUAAAAGUGUUGAUAAAAGCAGUGAGACUCUCCAGUGCAGAACAACUUCACAUAAACAUAAAAUAAAGUUAUUAAAAUAUAUAAAAACAUC